CGCUCCGAUCGCUCCUCCUGCCACGGCCAACAUGGCUUCGUUCCGGUUUUGCUCAGAAUGCAACAACAUGCUAUACCCGAAGGAGGAUCACCACAACCGCAUCCUCCUCUUUGCCUGCCGCAAUUGCAACCAUGAAGAGGGCGGCGACAAUCCGUGUGUCUAUCGCCAUGUCCUGUCCAACACGGCCAUGGACCUGACGAUGCAGCACGCCGAUCUCUACAACGACCCCACCUAUCCCCGUGCCAACAAGACUUGCCCGCAGUGCGGAUACAACCAGGCUGUCUUUUUCAUGUCUCGGGCAAAGCGAGCUGAUGUGUCCAUGAAGCUGUACUUUGCAUGCUGCAGUCCCGACUGCGGCCAUCGCUGGACCGACGUCACAGGCGGUGCAAAAUGAACAGGACACGCCGGAUGCAUGUUUGGUGGGGAUAUGUUUCGGCGUGUGUUCAAUACACGAUCCACCGCCUGCAAUGGGUGUAUAUUGCACGA